AUGGCAGUAGCCUUCCGAAGAACCAUCAACUACAACGAAUCGAAUCUCACGAGAAUAGAAUACAUUUAUCCCAAUGACGAGAAGGAAAACGAUAUAUUAGACUUGCAACACAACCUGUUCCUUCUCACGACUCACUACAAGCUUGGUCUUGCUCCUAUAGCGCAGGAGGAUUCCAAAGUGAAGCGUGUCCUUGAUGUCGGUACCGGUACUAGCCUCUGCGUCCUGCCCAAUGUCAGGUUCGAGGUUGACGAUAUUGAAGAACCUUGGACGUACCAUCUGCCUUUUGGUUACAUCCACACUCUUGCUAUGACUUCCAGCAUCUCCGAUUGGAAGAAAUUCUCCCUGAAGUGCUUUGAUGCAAACCUGUCGGCUUACUGGACAGCUCUCUGGAACCCGGUGGCUACAUUGAGCUUCGAGAUGGCCACACCAGACCUGAUUGCGACGACGGGACCCUGA